AUGGCCAAGACAAACGACACUUGCGUGAAUAGUCUGUUGAAACUGGGUCUAGUUGCUUACGCAGUAUUGCACUCAGUAUAUCCCACUGAGAUGGAUUUCUCGGCUAAUCAAUGGCUGGCAGAACUGGAGAUCGACGACGUUGGAGAGCUGGAGUUCGUCGACCCGCUGAGCAUGCAGCAGCUCGCCGAAUCCCUCGCCAACGAGCUCUGGAGCCAUCCUCAUCCAGAGCAGCAAGAACAACAAUCCCCGACGGGCAUCUCGUUCGUCGGGGACAUGAAAAAGGGGGACUUCCGGACGGCUGUCGUUAGCGCAGGUGGAAGCAAUGUCGGCGUGUUCUCCUUCGCCAACGACUCGUUGAACUUGUCGGCGCAACAACAAAGGCAGGAGAAGAGAGGUGGAAGGAAAGCGACCUCGAGCGUGCAGGAGCAUGUCAUCGCCGAGAGGAAGCGGCGGGAGAAAAUGCAGCAGCAGUUGGCCACGCUCGCGUCCAUCAUCCCCGACAUCACCAAGACGGACAAGGUGUCCCUCCUGGGCAGCACCAUCGAGUACGUGCACCACCUCCGGGACAGGCUCAAGGCCCUGCAGGACCAGAGCACCGGCAGCAGCACGGCGGAGUGCAUUGGAGGCAGUCAGCGCGAUGACAAGGAGGCGGCGGUGAGCCCAAAGAUGGAGGCGGACAUGCAGGGGACGACGGUUCUGCUGAGGGUGGUGUGCCGGGAGAAGAAGGGGCUGCUGGUGAUGCUGCUCACGGAGCUGGAGAAGCACGGUCUCUCCAUCGUCAACGCCAACGUCGUGCCGUUCGCUGAGUCGUCGCUCAACAUUACCAUCACGGCACAGAUCGAAGAUGGGUCUUCCACCACAGUUGAACUUGUGAAGUCUCUAAAUGUAGCUUCUCUCGAAUACGACGCGCAAAUCUUCUUUAUGACGCUCACGCUCUCGGGUCUUGACCACCAAGUCAUCGAUGUAGUAUUCUACGGACUAGUGGAUGAGGUCAUCAAAGAUGAUCGUCAUGGCGCGCUGUUUGCUGCCCGCCGUCCUCCAACUGGUAAGGAGCCGGGGCAGCAUUGA